GUUGCCGGGCAAUCGUUUCCCGGAGCAACCAAACAGUAGGCUGGGUAGUUACUCAUUCUAAGCCGCUGUUGCGAAGGGUUGCAGGAAGGUUCGAAUGAGAGCGGAGAUACAUCCGAGCAGAGGGCAAGUGGCCGGGACUUACUAUUGGGAAGAUGGCUGCCUUGCUGGUGGAGGAGAGCAUUUACAAUCUAAUACCUCAGGUUCCACACAAGCCUUUCAAGGGACCUAGAUACAUAUCAAAACUGAAUCCAUAUGUGAAACAUACAAUACAGCAGAGUAAAUCUCAGUGGAAGACCAUGGGACCAGCAAAAGUCCAUGUACCUUCUCCAAAAGACUUUCUUCAGAAACAUUCAAAGGAACCAAAACUACCAAAGAGGAAAAAAGAUCAAGCUGGAAAGAAACCUUUAAAAUUAAGUGUUCCCCACAGAACAGAUCAUCCAGUUAUGGGCAUUCAGAGUCAAAAGAAUUUCAUAAACACAAAUGCAGCAAAUGUUAUCAUGGGAGUGCCUAAGAAACCGGUACCAGUUACUGUCGACAAGUACCAAGGAGACAAAUUUCUCCUUGAAACUUCAGGACUUGUUCCAAGGUACCUAAAAAAAAAGGAUUAUGGCGUUACUCCAGAAUAUGUAAUUAGGCGGAACGAAGAGGCAAAGAGAGCCCAGGAGGCGUAUGAUGCCUACGUGAAGAAGACUCUUCAAGACAGAGCCAUGAAACGGCUCUCUGAUGAAGAGCGGGAGGAACUUCUUGACGGUCUUAAGAAGAACUGGGAACAGGUUCAUCAGGCAUUCCAAAGCCUUUCGGUAGAAAUUGAUACGUUACCAAAGAAACUUAACAAAGAAAGACUAGAGUUGCAGAUGAAACAGUUGGAACACGACAUUAAUACCAUAGAGAAACACAAAGUGAUUUACAUUGCAAACAAAUAAGGAAUUUUUUACAGAAAAAAUAUUUUUUUUGUCCCGAGAUGAAAAUGAAGUUGCUUUUCUUAGGAAGUCAAAAAUAUCUGUUUACUCAACAGUAGGCAAAGUAACUAAUUUCAACAAGUAUGUUAG